GCAUCAGCCGCCGUUGACCGCAGGCAGAAGCGUCGAAGGAGGGGGGGGGGAGGCCGGGGACUUUACUGAUUCAGGGUGUUAUUAAACCGUCGGACAAUCGAAGCGUCCGGAAUACAACAAAGAAAGCAAUGGAGGCCAACAACUACAGCAGCAUUAUCGCGUCCGCGUCGCUGGCCGUGCAGUACGUGGAUUCGCUGCUGCCAGAAAAUCCUCUGCAGACGCCCAUGCGCAUGUUCUGGAGCCACAUGCUGGAGCGCUUCACCAAGUUCCAGGUGGCUACGUGGGGGUCCCUGCUGGUCCAUGAGUUGGUCUACUUCUCCUUCUGCCUGCCCGGCUUCAUCUUCCAGUUCAUCCCGGCCAUGCAGAAGUACAAGAUCCAGGCGGACAAACCGGAGACCAUGGAGAAGCAGUGGAAGUGCUUCAAGACGCUGCUCUUCAACCACUUCUUCAUCCAGCUGCCGAUGAUCUGCGGGACCUACUACUUCACAGAGUUCUUCAGCAUCCCCUACGAGUGGGACGCCAUGCCGCGCUGGUACGUGGUGAUUGCCCAGUGCCUGGGCUGCGCCGUGGUGGAGGACACGUGGCACUACUUCCUGCACCGCCUACUGCACCACAAGAGCAUCUACAAGUACAUCCACAAGGUUCACCACCAGUUCCAGUCCCCGUUCGGGAUGCAGGCGGAGUACGCUCACCCGGCCGAGACGGUCAUCCUGGGCAUGGGCUUCUUCAUCGGCAUCAUGAUCUUCUGCAACCACCUGGUGCUGCUCUGGGCCUGGGUCACGUUCCGCCUCAUGGAGACCAUUGACGUGCACAGCGGCUACGAGAUCCCGCUCAACCCCCUGCACAUGAUCCCCUUCUACGCUGGCGCUCGCUUCCACGACUUCCACCACAUGAACUUCGUGGGCAACUAUGCCUCCACCUUCACGUGGUGGGACCGGCUGCUGGGCACCGAUUCGCAGUACAAGGAGCACUACACGGGCAAGACGGCGCAGAAAGACAAGAAGCUCGAAUAAAAUCCGUGGCGGUCGGGAGUAGGCGGGGGGCUAGGGUCGGGAGGGGGGACCCAGAAAACACGGGACGUUGGGCCCAAUGUCCCGUGUUUACUGGGGAGCAAUCGGCGAACAGUGCGGGGGGCAGUGCCAGGCAGACACAUCUCUCUCUCUUGAGAAAACCGUCGCCGCCUUUGCGGUUCGUGCCAGCGGAGCGGAGCGUGGAUGCCGCCACCCCCCCCCCUCCAUGCUCGGUAGUGUGGGCUUAGAAAGCGCCGGGGGAGCGUGGAAAUCGCUGGCGUCGCCGGACGUGCAGUCGGCUCUGCGAAUGCUUCCUCCCCCUUCUUGCUACCCAGUUAACGCGGAACGUUGAGCCAACGUUGAGGCAAUGUUGGCCCAUGGUUCUGCUCGUGUGACUUAUCAACUUGGCAACCAGCGGCGAUUUUAAUUCCGUAAAUGAUUUAGCUCCGAAACGGUUUCAAGGCGUUGGUUGUAAAUCCCGCAAGUGGUGGCCGUGCGUACCUAUGCGUGCCGUGCUAGUGUAGAUGCGCCAGGAUGGCCGUGUGCCCGGUGUAAUGCCUCGGUGAUUCGGCGGUACCAUGUGCCGCACGGCGUGCAUGCUGUUUCAAGGGACCAGCGGAGUUGUCCCGACCGAUUAUUUGCACAUUCUGGGUCGUGUCAGCCUUCGCCUGCCGUGUGAUGUCUUAGAGGAACCCUCGUGUACAAAGUCUGUUGUCUCUGUUAAACUAUUGUUGCGUAUCAAUCUGUGCGAACGUACUACUUGUCAGAAAUCAAUCUCGUGCUCUGCAUAAUAUGCGUUUAAAGGCAAGGGAAGGUGAUGUGAAGGAAAAAAAUAUUAUAUUGGAAUUUAAAGAAAUAAAUUAAAAAUUUCGCAGCGGUGAAAUGGGCUGAAAUGAAAGUGGUGUUUUUAAUAAAUGUGGCUGAUGUUUUGUACGCUCGUUCCAAUGCGGAUCGUCAAUGCGGGGCAAUUGCCCCCUCUGUGUUUACGCUGGGACCUCCCGCAUCUCCAUCGUCACAGCCACGGCGCGUCACACCCACUCUUCCCCCACCCCCGUCGACAGAGACGCAACUCGCAAACGCUCUCGUUCCUGAUUGAGAAAGUAAAGUAUCCGCUGUGUGGAGUGCAUCGCACUCGAGAUAUAUCCGCGAUAUAAUAACACCACAAGUAUACAUCUUGCAACUAAAAAUGUCCCGAAACUCUUGAAGAGUGUACAGCAAGAAGGCUCCGUGUAGGCAUCGUCGUUAUUUUUGGGGGGCCACGGUGGCGAGAUGUUAACUACCUCGCCUCGUAUCCAGGAGGUCGUGGGUUCCGUUCCAACCCUGCUGUAUAUUUGGAGUUUGCAUGUUGUCCCCAUGAUCGCGUGGAUUAUUCUCCCGAGUCCUCCGAUUUUUCCCUUCACACACAUCAACAUCACGCAUUUAGAGUAUUUAGCUGCGAUACAUUUCCACGUGAUAAUCCACUUCGUUGAGCUAUAAUUCGUGUAGCCAGGUCUCUUCUGAAAAGCUCUACAUAGCUCAGUGGGCCUUACCUGGUA